CUAUUCUCUGCAAAAAAUAUUUUUGUAUCUGUCAAAAAUAUCAUUGAUAAAACGAAUAUAAGGAAAAAUACCUGUUGUAUGACUACUUUGUUUUCUUUGGUUCGUCACCAAAUUAUGAAGAAUGGCGCCAGAUAUAGAUAUAAAUCAAGAAUACGGAAAAAUGUUUCCGGUAAUAAUAAACUUUAUUAUGAGUGUAACGGUAUAUUUCAUAACAGUUAGAUUAAUUCCUAGUUUAAAAGAGAAAUUUAUAAAAGCAAACUUAUUCGGAAUAGACAUGAGCAAAACCACAAGUGAUAAAGUGCCCGAAUCUUUAGGGGUUGUGGUAGGAUGUACUUUCCUAAUCACUAUGUUUUUGUUUAUACCAGUGCCAUUUGGUCACAAUUUGUUAAGGAGUAAAACUUUUCCACAUGAUGAGUUUGUGAAAUUCAUAUCCGCUCUUCUUUCAAUCUGCUGCAUGUUGCUUCUAGGAUUUGCGGAUGAUGUUUUAGACGUUCCAUGGAGACACAAAUUGUUAUUGCCAACAAUUGCAUCCCUGCCUUUGCUCAUGGUUUACUAUGUAAAUUUUAAUGUAACAACGAUCAUCGUUCCAAAACCGUUACGUGAAUGGUUAGGACUUUCAAUUGACAUUGGAUUAGUAUAUUAUAUCUAUAUGGGAUCUUUAGCUGUCUUUUGCACAAAUGCCAUUAAUAUUCUCGCUGGUGUCAAUGGUUUGGAAGUUGGGCAGAGUAUUGUGAUAGCCGUUUCUAUUGCUAUUUUUAACAUAAUUGAACUGUAUGGAAAUUUAUGGAAAGCUCACCAAUUCAGCUUAUAUUUUAUGUUGCCAUAUAUCGGAGUUUCCUUUGCACUAUUAAAACAUAAUUGGUAUCCAUCCUCGGUAUUCGUGGGCGACACAUUUUGCUAUUUCUCAGGAAUGACAUUUGCAGUGGUCGGGAUUUUGGGUCACUUCAGCAAAACUACGCUAUUAUUUUUCAUUCCUCAGGUUUUCAAUUUUCUUUAUUCAUCUCCUCAGCUAUUUAAAUUAAUACCUUGCCCCAGACAUAGGUUGCCAAAAUUUAAUUCAAAGACUGACCGAAUGGAAGUUAGCAUCACAGUGUUUAAAUAUUGUGAUCUAAAUAUUUUAGGAAAAUUGAUCCUUGUGGUAUUUAAAAUAUUAAGACUAAUACAGUGGAAGGAAAAUGAUGGGAUUGUAGUGACAAAUAACUUUACACUAAUUAAUUUAGUGCUGCUAUACUUUGGACCCUUGCAUGAAGCCAAAUUAACAACAGUUUUAAUUUUAAUGCAGGUUCUGUGCAGCAUACUUGCUUUUGUAAUUAGGUACCCAUUUGCUUGGGUAUUUUAUGACAUUUAAUAAAAGAAGAAAAGUAUGUUGUUUUAGGGUACUUUAAAUUUAAAUGCUAUUAUUGUUACCAAGAAAUAUGUUCAAUAAAAUGUUGA